AUGGGAAAAGCACAUAAAACUAAGAAAUUUGCAACAAUCAAGCGCAUGAUUACUAAAAAGGAUCCCAGAUGUUAAAAAAGACAUCUUGAACAACCUAAAGAAGAGAAAAAGAAAGGUGUUAAUGAUGUGGAAAUAAAAGAAUUGUAUUUUUAUUAUUAUUACAUUUUAGACCACAAGAACCAAGUCACUUAUUUUUUAGACAUAAUCCAGCUCUAGGACCUCCAUAUAGGAUUUUACUUGAUACAAAUUUUUUAAAUUUCAGCAUUUCUAAUAAAUUAGACAUUUUUAAAAAUACAAUGGAUUGUCUUUUAGGAAAAUGUAUUCCAUAUAUUUCUGAUUGUGUUAUUGCUGAAUUAGAGAAGUUGGGACAAAAGACAAGAUUAGCUUUAAGAUUGUCUAAGGAUCCUCGUUUUGAGAAGUUAACUUGUGAUCAUAAGGGAACUUAUGCUGAUGAUUGUUUAGUGAAUAGAGUGAAACAACAUCGAUGUUUUAUAGUAGCCACUUGUGAUAAGGAUCUCAAACGUAGAAUCCGUAAAAUUCCUGGUGUUCCAAUAAUGUUCAUCUAGAAUCAUAAAUAUACAAUAGAGAGAAUGCCUGAAGCAUUUGGUGCUCCAAGAUGAAUU